UCAUCUUUUUGAUAUUUUAGUGAAGACUCUUACUUCUGCUCCAUUGAUGUGCUUAUUGCAAUUUUGUUGGUUCCAGAUUGGUAUGAGGGCCUGGGAACCGAGUAUUUGAUUGCGACAUUUGGUGAUUAUUUCAGAGACAUCAAAAUGUAUAUUGAAGACAGAUCAUUCAGGAGAUUUGUUGAAUCUUGCCUGGAAGAAACAAUAGUGGUUUAUGUUGAUCAUCUGCUUACACAGAGAAACUGUAUUAGGGAAGAAACUAUUGAGAGGAUGAGACUAGAUGAAGAGGUACUAUUGGAUUUUUUCAGGGAGCACCUUAGUUUAAGACCUGAAGUUGUUGAGAAACUUGUUGCAUUGCGGGAGGGCAUACAAAGAAAGGAAGCCAAGGAGGGAGGUCUACUCGAUUGUAAAUUAAAGCAAAAGGCAAAGGUUUUAGACACAACAUGCGGCAUCCCUUGAUUGGUCACCUUCAUUUCCCUGAUCUUCAUUUUAGGAGUAAAUUAGCUGUGAGCAUACUUCGAGUACAUGCCCGAAUUGAGCAAACGAAGUGGCUGCUAUUGAACUUGGUAGCUAGUUGUGUGAUGUCUUACACAUGCUAUGUAGGAUUUGGAAUAGUAGAAAUGAACCUUUUUUUUAUUGUAUCAAUUUUUUGUAUGUCUUUUUUUUUGUUUUGUACAAAUGAAUCUCUGAUGGAGAUGAUCACCAGAAUACAGCAAACGAGGGUGGCCUACGGCCAGAACCAAUCACUGCCUCACUCUUUUCUUUCUGAAAUCUGAACCAACACACACACAAGGCCAUCUGAUCAAAGUAAGAGCUACCAUCUGAUGGAAAUUAAGAACACAAGUUAUCCAAAGGAAUUUAAACAAUCAACCUUGCACGGUUCCAGCAAAAA